GGGGGUUGUUUGUGGGGUAGUGGGAGGCGGUGGUUGCGGCCACAUAGAUGUGGAUGGUGCUGCAAUCCACCGACGUUGUAACGUUCGGGAGGAGGGGAGAAAAAAUCCGCGGAGUCUGACCAAUAAGGAGCAUAUUGCAGUUUUACCUUUUGCACAUGUCCGAUGUCGUCAUUGGGAAACCACUAUCGCACUGUCUCGUAUCGCAUCCCUGACGAAAAAUGGUUAAGCACAAGCUGGGAGUCCGGACUGAUCUGGUAACAUCAACAUUAAAGGAACUUGAUGGAGAAGACUAGAGAAAUCCCUUUAAGAUGACACGCACAGACCUACCUGACAUACUGGUAUCAACUGUGCAUCAAGAUUUAAAAGUGAUCCCCAUUUCUUUACGCUACAAAUCCUUGCAACCCUUCAAACAAUGUGAUUCUAUAAAUCACAGCACACUGGAGGACAGUAAGAGUAAAGUGAAUAAGAAGCACUGCCAUACCUUUGACUAUAAGUCAUUGGAGUACUCCAAGUCACAGAGAUCGUCAAUGGAGUCCCCAUACAGGAAGGCUGAUAGGCAGGCAGCCAACCCAGAUAUUGCGUGGAAUGCGUUGGGCCGCCAGCAGAGAUACCGCUUCUCUGCUCCAGACAUUUUUAGCCAUAGGUUGACUCCUCAACCAGUGGCUACAGAUAUGGCCAGUGAAGUAGUCGUCCCUGAACAUAAAAGGAGGACCAGGUCAAAAAGUGCCCCACGGGUCCAGACAAGCCUCGCUCCUGUAUCUUUUGAAGGAUCCUCACCUGCAGGGAGGAAGGGCAGAGAAUCCCAAAGGGCUCCAAGAGAUUCCCGCUGGAGACCAGAAGUAUCACCACGUAGGGAGUCAUCCUAUGCAGCAACGAGGGCUCAUAUGCAUGAAGUACAUCCCAUUAAGUUGCAGCCUCAGAUGAGUGACAACAGUAGAUAUUCACCCCAUUAUACUGCUGACAAUUUUGAAGAUACCAGUCUUGAUAAACCAGCAACUAGCCCUCAUGUCAGGUGUCGGGUAGACAUCAAACCUGAUGAUGGAGCGCUACAUCAUUCUGGACGGAAACUGGGUACACCUCAAAUGGAUAUACCCUGGCAGAGGCACCACAGUGGGGGUAAUAGGAGUCUGACUGUGCCACGCCAUUUCUCCUACUCUAGAACACCAACUCCCACUGACUCAUUAGGUACAGAAAGUAGGCAAGCUCAUGAAUACUCCCGCAGCAUGCCAGAUAGUUACUUACAACCCAUGGAGAUUCAGUUGCAAAGAAUGCCUUCAUCAGGUGAUUACUAUGGUAGGGAACAUAGAGCUCACUCCAGUCCUAAUGUGCCAACCAAAUUCUUUUAUGCAGACGACCCAGGGAGAUAUGUUACUACAGCUCCUCCGCAACCAAGCUCGUAUUUUCACGAUGAACGUUACACACCAGGACAAGCAUAUACUUCAAAAGUACAAUAUGUGCAAGAUCCAAGGACUCGAAUGGUCCAUGCCAUAGCUGCAAGAUCGUAUUAUCCUGAGAUGGAGGCUCAUCCAUACUCUGUGCAAACGGGGUAUCCCAAACCUUAUGCAGUGAAUGAACCCAGGCCGUACAUAAUACAGACACCUCCAACUAGAAUAUUUUAUGGUGAUGAUCCAAGAUCUUAUCAAAUUCAGACCACUCCACCAAGGUUUUAUUAUUCCAGUGACAUGUAUGCAAUGCCACCAGAGCACCAUGUCCCAGCAAGAGCAUAUUACACAGAGGGCCGAAGACAUGCGAGAGUCAUGCAGGCACAAACAGAUGACUGGUAUGGUUCUGAUGCAUCUGGUUAUUCCACCAACCCUGCCUCCUAUGUAUCUCAAGUCACUCCAACCAGAAUGCGGCAAGAGCCUGUGUUAACUCCGUGGUAUGCUAACCCAUGUGUAGAACCUCAAAGAAUUGGCACAGAUUCCAAAUCUUACUCACGGUCCUGGGACAAUAUUCUUAACUGCCGUGUAGAAAGGGAACAACCUCUUUCUGUACAACGAGGUCAGAGCUAUGAUGAUCUUCUUGAUUCCAGGAAGCCUGCUACAGCUACUGGUGACAAACCACAACCAGUGGUAGUCAAUCUCUCCAGUUCACCAAGACGCUAUGCAGCCUUAUCGGUGUCUGAUAACUCACUAAUUGACAAAAGCCCAACAGAGACAUCAAAGAGCACUACUAAUAAACUCUGGUUUGUCACUCCUGAGAUAACAAUCACUGACAAUGAUAUUAGACCAGGGAACCUUAAUAAGGCUGAAGGACGGUCUGCCAGUUGGGACAUUCUUGACUGCAGAAGCAGUGAGGGUCCAGAAAUAGCUCAGCAUGAUUUUGAAAGCUUGACCAAAGAGAAGACACAUGACAACGCCUCAUUGCAGCAAAGCCUCGAACAACUUGAUGAGCUUUUGGCAGAUCUUGUGACUGAUUACAAGCCGCCCAGUAGAAGAGCAAGUGAAGACAUUCUGGACCAACUAAAGAAGCUAAUUGAUGAGGAAGAAGCAGUAUCUUUGUCCAGAAAGAGUUCAAGGGCAGGUACAGAGGAACCAGCUCCACUGGACAAGCAGCCAACCUCAAUAAGAAUGAAUCCAGAUGCGUUUCGAGACAUGGAUGGGGCUAGUGAUGCAAUGAAGAGUGCAGAUGAGUGUUCCCCAGAUCAAAGCCCAGAUGAAGAUGAUACAAUGAUGUGCUCUAACAACAAAUGCCGGAGGACGGAGACUCUAUUCAAUGCUUGCCUAUAUUUUAAAUCCUGCCACAGCUGUUACACCUAUUACUGCUCUCGAAACUGUCGGAGAGAGGACUGGGACAUUCAUAAAGAAAGUUGCUUGUAUGGAAGAAUUGGGAGCACAUGCCGACAUAUUAUCAAACACUGCCGGGAGACUGUUGAAGUUCAUAAAGCCUUCUCCCGUAUUGCCAAAGUUGGCUACCUUUCUCGAGGUAGAGGAGUUCUCUUCCUUGGUUUUCCAAACCCUGCGUCAUCUACUAACUUCUUGCAGUAUGGCCUUGAUAGUUUACUUAUGUCUCCCACGUACCUCUCUCUUCGAGAGCUUGAAAGCUUCAAGGACAACCUUGGAGAAUACUGUAAGGAUCUGCAAGAAGCUGGUAAAGAAUAUGACCCAAACGAAUGUUUCAUUUUGAAUGUAUCCAUUGCUGUUGGUGACCAGCUGCCUGAUGGGCCAUCACCAAGAAAUCAAGCUCCAACUGUCAGAAAAUAUGCAAAAGUGGCAUUGGCGUCUUUCAGUCCAGAGAGAAAGGUUCACAAGAAAGAGAGUGACAUGGAAACGUUGAUCCUCACUCCACCCCCAGGAACAGCAGAUAUCGACAAAGAGGGAGAAGAGGGCCGGAAGGCCAGGGAAAUCUGUUUUAUCAAUAUACAACGGGAGUUGAGGAUUCGAGGAGUGUUCUUACGUCAUGAAUACCCACAGGUCUAUCAGCAGCUCUGUGAGUUUGUGGAAAGUAACAGAAGAUUUACACCCACAACUAUUUAUCCUAUUGAUAAGAGGACCGGCAAACAGUUUAUGUGCAUGAUUAUGGCUGCCUCAGAGCCCAGGACGUUGGACUGGGUAGGCACCCCACAUCUCCUUGAUGACAUUAUUUAAGUGCACCUUUUGUUGUACGUAUAUAUGUAUAGAAAUACAUAUAUAUUGUUAAACAUAUUUAUAUGUCAAUUCAAUUACUAACAUUUGUAGAUAAGUAUUUUGUUAUCAGAAUAAUAUAUAUUCAUGUCUGCUUGGUCAGUAUUAUUCUUCAUCAGAAUAUUUUUUGUCAGCUGCAGAAUGAGUACAAUGCAUUAUUUAAUUGAAUCUUUUGACAAGUACAUACUUUAUACCAACCACAGGUCAUUUAUCCAUAUCCUAGUCAUGUACUGUUGCAACACUUUUCCUUUGGUUGGGAUUGCCAAAACUUACUUGGUGUUUGGAUUUUUUAAAAAUGAUUAGCAAGUACUUUAUGUUCUUUGAAACUUAGACUGUUUAAAUUGGAGUGUCCAUUUCCGUGAGUACCACAAAACUAUUUUCAUAUAUGACCUUAAUGGUAUAUCAUGUACAAAAUAGCAUUAUUUUCGUUUGCUACGUAAAUACUUUCUAUGCAAAGUUGUUUAAUGAGUUAACUACAUUCCUGCAGAAAGAGUAGUUUGUUACUAUAUUAUAUUAUAUUAUAUUAUAUUAUAUUAUAUUAUAUUAUAUUAUAUUAUAUUAUAUUACACAGAUGGGUGACAAAUUAACAGAAACACUCAUAUAAAGUAUCCUCGUAACAGGCUGGACUGCCGUGUGUCCCUAGGCACCGACUCUCCAAGUCUCUGAACUAUACUGGAGGGAUGAACACCAUUGUUUCCAAAAAUUUUCGCUCAUUUAGUGUUUGUACGAACGUAGUCGAAAGCGUUAUCUAACAAGUCAGUUCAAAAUCCUUUAAAGAUUUUUUGACUGGGUUGAGAUCUGAUGGCUGGUAAGGCCGCAUAAUAUUAUUCAUAUAAUUGUCAUUAAACCAUUUAGUACCUGUUGUGUUCUGUGGAUUGGAACAUUGUCAUCCUAGAAGAGACCUCUACCAUCAAGAUAGAAAUUAUCCAUCUCAGGGCAAAGGUGAUCAUGCAGAAAAAUUUUGUAGUGGUUUGGAGUGACCAUUCAAGUGAAAUAAACCAUGAAGACAAUGCGCCCUCCACAGUUUAAUAGAGCCACUGAAUCACCUGACUCUAGGGGUUCAGCUGUCAGGCAUGUACUAUUCUCUUGGCGUAUGCCACACAUGCCCUUACCCACAUGUCACAAUUAUGGUGAAGUAUGACUCCUCUGAUCCUUUUACUUGUUUCCACAUCUCUGAAGACCAGUGCUCAUGUUUUUUUCCUUUCUCUCUUUUCCUCUUGCGAUCUUGAUAUGACAUCAAAAUCAACUGACCUUGCUCAGCAUUUUUAGACAUGUUUUAGAAAUGAUUGGACGUUUACUACUUAACUAUAUCAUCCUUUACUCCUGUGUGGAUGGAUCUGCAUUUGCUGUGUUUCUGUACUCAUUUAUUCAGGUUUUUCCUUCCAUUUGUUAUCCAUUUCUAAUAUAUUAUACUUAUGUUUAAAAAAAAAUGCUGCAACUGACAUAAAUUGCUUAAACUUUUGGUGGCAGCAUAAUUCCUCAUCAUACAACAAUAAUGAAGAUUGAAAAUGAAAUUAUUGUAUUACUUGAAAUAUUAAAGACAGGCACAUAAUCUCAUGUUGCUUAAGUAUGAGUGCAACACUGAAAAUGUAUAUUUUCCUUUUAUCUGAAUCUAAUAGCAUACUUUGAAAAAAGGCUCAGUUUAGUAGUUCUUUAAUUCUGCUCUGCAUAAUUUGUGGAGCAGUGCUGAACUUAAAAGUAACCUCUAGAAUGGACAUUGAAACAGUGCCAGUUACCAGCAACACAGUAGGUGUUAGCCUGUACUGUUCAGAUUUAAACACUGUGAAUAGUGAGAGUCCUACCACAAAAACUAAAGUUGGUAUACUACCAAUAAAUCAUGCAAUUUUAACACUGACAUCAAUAAAUUGUAUUUUUACAUAUAUUUAUGAAUAAACCUAUAUGAAUUAGCAGGAGGACUUAUUGUCCUUAGAAUAAGGAGAGUCAGAUUUGGCACAGUAGCUAUAUGGUGCAUAAAUGCUUAAAAAAUAUAUUAGUUGUGUAUUCGUGCUACACUAGGGUUAUUACAUCUGUGACUUAUAAUGUUUUCUUUUGGUUUAAGCAAAUUAAAAUCAUUACAUUGCUCACCGGUUGCAAAAGUUUUAGAAAUAUUUAAUAUUGCAGCUUAGCAGUAUUGUCUCAUUCAUUAUUCAGUUACAGUACUACUAUUAAAUCCCAGGUUUCCUGUCAGCACACUGAAAAAAAAGUAAAAUCUACUUUUAAGUUUGAAAAAAAAAAGGUCUAGCCAAAAUAUAUUGUAUGUUUGAAAUGCUAAUAUCCCAAUUUUUAAAAAAAAAAAAUUUGACACCUGGCGUAUUAUGACUGGAAGAUGUGAAUUUGUCAUAAAGUCCCCAGUAAAAGCUGAAUAAGCUGUUUUCUCCCAGUCAUUUAUUACUUCUCUCUAUUUCAACACUUUUCCUUGUGAUCUCUGUUUUUCUUAGACUUUGUAAAACAAAGUACAGUUAAGCCUGAGGCCCAUUCAUUUGAAAAUCUUUCACUGAGUUACACUUAUUCGUGUAACAAAGGUAUAAUGUAUGGGCUGUAUAAAAUUUGUUUUUAAAAAAAAUGCUGGCUGCAUGUGAUUCUGUUUUCUAUGCGCUAAUCUCAUUUUAACAUGACAUCGAUGAUAGUAACUUGCUUGAUGAAUUGACUUGUAAAAGUGAAAACUCUACUAUGCUGUGUAAGAAAAAAUAAAUGAACUUUCCAUUUUUGUUUUUGAAGUUAAAAUAAUGUGUUGAAGGCAAUGAAGAAGAGACCUCACUAAAAUGUCUAGAAAAUCCUUUAAUCCUGUAUUUUUUAUACUUUCAACAUAUGUGUCUGAGUGUGUCUAUUUAUAAACCAUAUCUAAUAAAUGGAAUGGGAACUGC